AUGUCUAAUACUUCUUUUAUUCCUUCGUCCUUAUACCGUAAUAAAAAUACAUCCAAGUUAUUAAAAACUUCAAAUACAUUUACUUCAACGAACCGAGUCUCUUCUUCUACCACUUUGGUAACAAAUCCACCAUUGUCUUUAGCAGCAUCAAAGUUGAAUAAAGAUACAACUUUUCUUUACAAGAAAGCUUUGUAA